ACGGGUGUCUGGAGCCGUGAGCCGCGCGCAGGUGCGGGGAGCCGCGGUGCCCCCCGCACUCUCGGCGCAGGCGGCUUCCUUGCUGGCCUGUUGCUAGGGCCGGCGGACCCCGUUGCUAAGGAGCCUGGAGAUGCUGAACUUCAAGAGCGCUUCCUUCCUGGUCGGGCUUUGGCCAAGAGUUGCUUUUGUCGGCCUUAAUUGAAACUGGCCGCCUUUACCCCACUCUCCCCAACCAUCUCCAUUUUUUCCUCCCUCCACUACCUCCUCAUUUUCUAACUUUGACGACAACUUGGCCCUGAAUGGUCUUAGGUAUUUGGAAAUGUAUGGUGUUGGAGGGGGAGGGCUAGGAAAAUGGAAGGCAGAUAGAAGACCCUUAAUACUGGCUCUUUGGAAUUACUUUUUGGUGAAAAGGGAUUGGGUAGGUGGAUAUUGGGCUGUUUCUCCGUUCUUUGGAAUUCGAAGGAGCUUUAGAGAUGGAACACAGCUUCUUUAGAGGGGGUCCUAUUACACUUUUUGGAACUUUCCAAACACCAGAUUAGAGAGUAGGGAAAAAAAAUGUGGACCCUGCCUCUGAGCAUUUAGCAAGUAGUUUAGCAAGUAGUUCAGUGCAGUGGUCUCAAAGCCAGAUGCGGGAAGAAAAUGCAAGUGGGAAAAAGAGGUUAUAUGAGCUGUCCAAAGCAAUGAAAGAGAAGUGUGCUUUCCUAGCAUUGACGCAGAUGCCUAUAACCCCUUGUAGAUGACCCGCAGCAAUGGGGCCCUGCUUGGUUGGUUUGCUCUCUGGUGUUGUGACAUAGUUUAGGUGUUGGGGUUAAGUAGUUUUACGGCUUCUCGUGUCUUUUUAGAAUCCAUAUUGUUUUAUAAAAGAAUGAGGGGUGACCUUCAUAGUAUGUAUAAUACAGAAUAAUUCUUACUUUUUCACUUCCUUCCACCAUUAUCCCUUUACACCACCCUCCACGUGUUAUUUAAUGAAAAAGCACUCAAAAGAGUUGAGUGUAAAAUGAAUUAAGCUUUUUUCCUUUACAAACAACUCAUGCUCCAGGUUUGCUGUCAGUGGCAUGUUCCCAGAUGUAUGUUAUUUUUCAAAGUUGAGCACACUUAAGUUGUCUUUAAGAAACUUAGAUCAUACUGUUCCCCAUCAGGAGCUUCUCAAAACAGAAACUAAGUACAAUAGCUGGAAAUCACCAUGAACCAGAGCCCUCCCGUUAGCAGAAAAGAGGAAAUUGUGAAAGAGGAAGAAGUGAACCACCAUUUACUGGGAGUGAAAGGGAAGCCAUGCAGAAAUCAGAGUGCCAGAGAGGCGUGCAGCUGAGGAACAGAGUGACAGAUAACUGUGAUCAGAGAACAUCAUCAAGUGCACAAAUAAAACAAAGGACUACAGUUCCACAAAGCAAAUCGUUAGUGUCAACCAGUUCUCCAGAACCUGCAAGAAAACUUCAUCCUCGGCCAAGUGAUAAACUGAACCCUAAAACAAUUAACCCGUUUGGUGAACAGUCACGAGCCCCGUCUGCAUUUGCAGCUAUUUACUCUAAGGGAGGCAUUCCUUGCAGAUUGGUCCAUGGUUCAGUAAAACACAGAUUACAGUGGGAGUGUCCUCCUGAAAAUCUUCCAUUUGAUCCUCUUCUUAUUACUUUAGCUGAGGGUCUGCGAGAGACUAAACAUCCAUACACCUUUGUGUCAAAGGAGGGGUUUAGAGAGUUACUUUUGGUGGCAGGUGCUCCUGAGAAAGCUGUGCCUUUGCUUCCUAGACUGAUUCCUGUGCUGAAGGCGGCCCUGGUCCAUUUGGAUGAUGAAGUGUUUGAAAGAGGACUGAAUGCUCUGGUGCAGUUAAGUGUCGUCGUUGGUCCUUCUCUAAAUGACCAUCUGAAACAUCUGCUUACAAGUCUCUCCAAGAGACUAAGGGACAAGAAAUUCAGAGAGCCAAUCAGCAGUGCGUUGCAGAAGCUGGAGCAGCACGGCGGAAGUGGAAGCCUUAUGAUCAUCAAAUCUAAAAUUCCAACAUACUGCUCCAUAUGCUGCUGAAGAAGGAAGCCAACAAAAGUCUUCUUACUCCCGGGUGGCAGGUGUUGAGUGCUGACUGUGGGUAUCUCUGGAACCUUUUCAGAGUCACUUCAGUUUAUUCUUUUGUAAAUCACACACGCCAUUCAUUAUUUACUGGCUUCAGAUGAGUAUACACAGUUCCACUGAAUCACAGUACAAGUUAUUCAUCAAAAAAAAAAAGAAUGGUUAAUGAUGGAAAACUAUUAAAAAAAAAUUCUACAAUAGUACUAUCUUGUGGGGUUUAUUUUUUCAUAUUUUUAUGGUUUGCGUGAACAGCCAUUAUUGGGGUUUAUGGUGAAUGUGUUUGUAUGGACUUUCUAGUGCCAUUUUUGUACAAAUUAUUUAUAAUCAGUUUGUAGCUGUGCACUUAUUUUUAGACACUUUUCCAUUUCCUGGGUUUUAAAUUUAUCAAGUCUAUGGAAAUUUAAAAUAGUGGGCAAACGUUUGUGAAUUCACUGUGAAUUAUUUUGUAAAUACGUAUUUUACAAUGUAGAAUGCUUGGGGAAUUUUCUUUCCAAAGUAUUCUAGUUUAAGAAAAAAAUUUUUCAUGUGUAAAUUUUCUUAUGAAUAUGUUGUUUAUUACAACUUAUUAAAACUACCUAAAGUUUAGGUGUUAAUUGUAUUUACAUACAUGUUAUUUUUGUAUUUCAUAUUCUGAAAAUACUGGUAUUCAGUACAUGAAGAUACUCAGAAAUUAAAACCUUAAAACUCAUAUGUAUUCAGUGAUUUUGUUGUGCUUGCUUACUUAUGUUUAACAGUGGAUUCAAUUUUAAAAGCUUUUCACACAUAACUUACAGGCAGAGUUCUGAGUGUUGAUGUAGUAGCAGGCGAUUCUGGAUCAUUCCACAGAGGAGCAGAGGGAGAGAGAUGGAAGACAAGGAGGAGGCCUUCCAACUCUGGGCAGGAAGAGAGCCCCUGGGGACCUGAGCAGCCACACCACGUCCCUGGACGGAGGCUGACGGGAUGGAAAUUUGAGCAGCAGUGUUCUGUCCUGCGGCAUUGGAGAGCAGCCUUUCUCUGCUCAUCCCUCAGACACCUGGAGUCACCUCUUUGUAAGUCUUCUUUCAGGUAAUUUAAAAUACAAGGAAUUUCUCACAGGUCCUCGUUCUCCCCCAGAGCAGGUGUCCUUCCGGGUGGCCUGUCUGCUCCACCCUCUCCUCGGGUCUCUGCUCUCUGGUCACAUCCUCUCUCACAUCAUAUCAGCCUGCCUGCCCUCCGCCUUGCUCUCACUCCCUUUCGUUGCACUUAGCGCCACCCAGACAGAGAUCUCCACAGUUCAGAAAAGCCAUUAAGAAAAAGGUAAUAUUUUCAAUCUAGUAAUUAUAAAAUGUGUUGAAAUAAAGACCUGUAGCACAGACAGUAGAGUUAUAAACAUUUUAUUUGCUUUUAUU